AAUAGUGAAAGAGAGAAGAAACUGAAAAAAGAGAAAAAAUGAAAAGGAAAAAUGCUAUAGAUAUGUGUUUGUGUAUAUACAUGACACCUAGAAACACAUAGAAGAACCUCAGUAGCAUCUUUUUAGAAAAUUUCAUUUAUAGCAAAGGGUUACAUAUUAGAAGAAGAGGAAAACAAAGAAAGGGGUAUCAAAUAGCUCACCAUGGGAUGAUAAUUCUCUUCCUCCUACUCACUCACUCUUCUACUUUAUUAGCUCAAAUCAAUUCAGCACCAACUUGUGUUUUUAGAGGGUUUUCCUGAUAAGCUCAAGAAUUUAGCCCAAAAGAAAGAUGGCUGCAGGGCCUUCAUCAGCUGUGUUUCUUGCAAUGAGAGAAGAAGAACAAAACCAACAGAUGAAACAACAACAACAACAACAACAAGAACUUCACAUUCAGCAGCAACCACAACAACAACAAGCACCACAAAAGAAGAGAAGAAAUCAGCCUGGCACACCAAAUCCAGAUGCAGAGAUAAUAGCACUAUCACCAAAGACCCUAAUGGCAACAAACAGGUUCGUAUGUGAGGUAUGCAACAAAGGUUUUCAAAGGGAACAAAACCUACAGCUACACAGAAGAGGACACAAUUUGCCUUGGAAGCUAAAGCAGAAGAGUACAAAAGAAGUGAAGCGCAAAGUUUAUUUGUGCCCUGAGCCCACAUGUGUUCACCAUGACCCUUCUCGAGCCCUUGGCGAUCUCACUGGUAUUAAGAAACAUUACUCCAGAAAACAUGGUGAAAAGAAAUAUAAGUGCGAAAAAUGUUCCAAAAAGUAUGCUGUCCAGUCUGAUUGGAAAGCUCAUACUAAAACCUGUGGUACUCGCGAAUACAAAUGUGAUUGUGGCACCCUUUUCUCAAGGCGUGAUAGUUUCAUCACCCACAGAGCCUUUUGUGAUGCAUUGGCACAAGAAAGUGCGAGAAAUCCACCAAGCUUGAGCAGCAUUGGGAGUCAUUUAUAUGGAAGUAGCAAUAACAUGAGUUUAGGCCUCUCAAAAAUGGGUUCCCAAAUUUCAGAUCAUUCUAACUCCACCGAUAUACUGCACUUUGGUAGCAGCAGCAACAUCAAGACUAGUGGCCAAUUCGAUCACAGCAACCUUAUGGGGACGACAUCCAUUGGCGCCUCAGCUUUCCGCCCUUCGACGUCCUUCUUUCUUCCAGCUGAUCAAACAAAUCAUCAAGAUUACGCGGCGAAUAAGCCGUCAAUACAUGGCCUAAUGCAACUUCCUGAUCUCCACAACAAUGGAAAUAAUAACAGCUCCCCUUCUGUGGCUAGCAUGUUCAACCUCAAUUUCUUCCAGAAUAGCAACAACAAUAGUGAAAAUGUAGGAAGCCAUGGAAAUAGCAAUAUUUCAGCAGGAGGUGGUGGUCUAUUGCUUCCGAGUCAUCAGUUCAGUAACAGCAGUGGUGACGGGUCGAAUAAUUCAUCCAACAUGUUCUCAGCUAGUAGCCUUCUUGGUACUGAUCAUCACAUAAGUUCCUCAAUCCCAUCUCUCUACGGUAACCAUCUCAAUAACAACAGUAGUGCUUCACCUGCGCCACCAAUGUCUGCCACCGCGCUCCUCCAGAAAGCAGCUCAAAUGGGUUCCACAACAAGCAACAACAACAUGAACAACAGCAGUGCCUCCUUGCUCAAAGCCUUUGGUUCAUCCUCUAGCGCCACCAAAUCCGAUAUUCAUCCGCCGCCACCUGUCAACUUUGGCAGCGUUGUUUAUGGCGACCCUUUAAGCGAGAAUCAUCUUCAUGAUCUAGUCGUAAAUGCUUAUGGUAAUAAUGAUCAAAAUCAACAGAACGACUACGGGAAUAACUUUGAACAGCAGCCACCACAGAAGAAGCAAAUGAUUAAUAACUUUUCAAUGGAAAAUAUGGGAACUGAGCAAGCUAAUAGGUUGACAAGGGAUUUUCUUGGAGUUGGGGAAAUAGUAAGGAGCAUGAGUGGAGGAUUUGGAAGCAGCCACAGAGAUCAGCAGCAGAUGAGCACAUUGGAUUCAAAAGCUGCGCCGCCACCACAAAGCCAUCAUCAGUCUUUUGGAGGUGCUGGAAAUUUUCAGUGACGUUCAAAAAUAAAAAAGUUGGGGAAGAAGGAAGACAUGCACAAAAAGUACAGUGAUGUAAUUGGAUCCAAGAAAGUGUUUUACAAUGGAGCAGAUAGUUGUAGAACGAAGAACUCUUCAAGAUUUUAGCAGGAAACUAGAACAGAAAACUUUAGAAAACAAACUUUCUGAGUUUUAUUUAUUUUUCUUUUUCUUUUGGUUGGUUAGAUUCUGUAGUCUUUAUUUUUUUAGUUGUUUCUUUUUGUUAUUAGCUUUUGUUGUGUAAUUGUCCAGAUUAUAGGCCAAGAUACAGGUAUUAACUGCACAAAAUUUUAGAACUGCCUUUCCUUGAAUUGAUAUCAUUGUGCAAUUA